CGAGGAGGCUCAGUGUGUGCAGAGGAGCUCGACUGAGGAGCAGCAGACACACAUGCUCCCGCUCUGACAUCAGCCCUUCAUCUGAGGACGAUUCCUUCUCCAAGUGUGGUCGCAGCGUUUGUUGUCGCUCUGCGGGGUGCUGACGUGCGCGCAGGAGGAGAAGAGGAAGAAGAAGAAGCGGCGGCGCCUCUCCUGUUGUUGUUGGGACUGUUUGUUUUCCAGGAGGAUGGUGCUGGACAAGGAGGAGAGUGUGUCUCUCGUCUCCCUCCAGUCAAGGGAGAAGCCGCGGGGCUGCGCCGGCUGCAACAGGAAGAUCCGCGACCGCUUCAUGCUGCAGGCGUUGGACAGGUACUGGCACGAGGACUGCCUGAAGUGCGCCUGCUGCGACUGCCGCCUGGGACGGCUGGGCUCCACCCUCUACACCCGGGCCAACCUCAUCCUCUGCCGCAGGGACUACCUGAGGCUCUUCGGGGUGACGGGGAACUGUGCAGCCUGCAGUAAGCUGAUCCCUGCCUUUGAGAUGGUGAUGAGAGCCAGAGACAACGUCUACCAUUUAGACUGCUUCGCCUGUCAGCUCUGCCGCCAGAGAUUCUGCGUGGGAGACAAGUUUUUCCUCAAGAACAACAUGAUCCUGUGCCAGCUGGACUAUGAAGGAGGCCAUCUUAAUGGCAGCGCGGAGAGGCAGCCUCAGUAAGAGCUCAGAACAGGACGACUUCAAGCCAAUUGAACCAAGAAACUCACAGCAGCACCGUUGACUCGUCAGCUUCCUGUUUCAGACUGGACCGUGUGUGGAAACAGCACAAAUGGGAAGUUUCCAGGAGCCCGUGAUUGAACUCUUAAUUAUAGAGCUGCGUCGUAAACUAUCCUGCAAACUGACGUCUCUGAUCAGACAGCUCAGAGAUCAGCACAGUGGAACUAUCAGGAGGGUGUUUUCCAGAGCGCUUAACGUGGACUCAGAUGGUUCUGCCCUUUUUCAUGCAUUCGACAAAUGAUUUGAAAAGUCUUGAAAUACUAGAUGGAUGGAGGGAAGCCAAUCAGGCCACACCAAGUCAUCCAUCACGGAGAAAAAUACUAAGCAGUCUAUUUUAGACUUCUCCCUGAUUGUCAAAUCACUCUGGCAGUUACUGAACUCCACCCUCUGGCAUGCAGGAAGCCCCAAACAAACCCAACAUGUCUGCAUAUACAGUUGGCUUGGUUCAACAAGUGAGGAGAGACGUGUCCCUCCUUCAUCUCUCUGCCUCUGGACUCUGAUGGCAAGGGACGCUUCAGAAAGCUCCGUAGUUCUGUUUGAUCUCAAGCUGUUUUUUUUUUCUCAACCAAUUAAAAUUAAUUUUAAUUUCA